GACAUUUAUUUUAUAUCAAUUCUGUUUUCUGUUCACUGUCUACUUUCCGCAUCCCUAUUCUAAACAUAACCACCUAUUAAACCUCCAAUUAGGUUUGUUUGGGAAUACAUUGUAUGAAUACCUAUUACUUUCAAGAUAAAAACAAAAUUGCAAAUUAUUCAUAAAAUACCAACAUCGGACUAAAAAAUGUUACCCCUAUCACUUUUGCGUACCGCUCAAAAUCAUCCAAUGUUAGUGGAGCUCAAAAAUGGUGAAACUUACAACGGGCAUCUAGUUAGUUGCGAUAACUGGAUGAAUAUAAAUUUGAGGGAAGUGAUCUGUACCUCGCGUGAUGGCGAUAAGUUCUGGAGGAUGCCCGAAUGUUACAUACGUGGCAGUACAAUUAAAUAUUUGAGAAUACCCGACGAAGUUAUCGAUAUGGUGAAAGAAGAGACACAGGUUAAAGCGAGAGGUCGUAGCGAGGUUUCUAAAGGUCGAGGAGGUGGACAGAACAUGAGGCCCGGCCGUGGAGGCGGCCGAGGAGCGUUCGGAAACAGAGGACGCCCUGCACCUCUAGCAAGAGGUGGUGGGAACGUAGGACGAAAUCCACAGUAUAAAAAUAAAAAGUAGAUCUCGUUAGUGUAAAAAUAAAUUAAGAUAUCUUUCUCUAAGUAUACUGUGUAAGAAUAAUUUCAAGGAACAUUAUUUAAAGUGGAAACAUGAUUUCAUUUAC